CGGGACCAGACAGGGAAAGCCCCUGCUCCAGCGGCCCUGCCCUCGCCCCGGCUCACCCUGGAGGCCCGGAAGCGGAAGUGACAGACACGGAAGUGGCCCGCUGUUGCCGAGGGGACGGGCCAGGCAGAUGCCAACAUGGCAGCGGUCGGGUCUGGCUGUUCCUCCGCGGCGGCCGGGCCGGGGGUGGUCUCCGCGGGGGCGCUGGAGCCCGGGACCAUGAGUGCGGAGUUGCUUCUCACUCAGGGGAAGCGGGGUGUCCAGGGCCUGCCCUGGCCAUUUCCUAAUACCCCCAGAAGGGUUCCGGGAAUGGCUCACCGGCGCCUCAAAUACAUAUCCCUGGCCGUGCUGGUGGUCCAGAACGCCUCCCUCAUCCUCAGCAUCCGCUACACCCGCACGCUGCCUGGAGACCGCUUCUUUGCCACUACCGCAGUGGUCAUGGCCGAGGUGCUCAAAGGUCUCACCUGCCUGCUGCUACUCUUCGCACAGAAGAGGGGUAACGUGAAGCAUCUGCUCCUCUUCCUCCACGAGGCUGUCCUGGUGCAGUACGUGGACACGUUCAAGCUUGCCGUGCCCUCUCUCAUCUACACCCUGCAGAAUAACCUCCAGUACGUGGCUAUCUCCAACCUGCCAGCUGCCACUUUCCAGGUCACGUACCAGCUCAAGAUCCUCACCACCGCCGUGUUCUCCGUGCUCAUGCUGAACCGCAGCCUCUCCCGGCUGCAGUGGGUCUCCCUGCUGCUCCUCUUCACCGGCGUGGCCAUCGUGCAGGCCCAGCAAGCCGGCGGCGGGGGCCCGCGGCCGCUGGACCAGAACCCCGGGGUGGGCCUGGCAGCCGUCGUGGCCUCCUGCCUGUCCUCCGGCUUCGCGGGGGUGUACUUCGAGAAGAUCCUCAAGGGCAGCUCGGGCUCCGUGUGGCUGCGCAACCUGCAGCUGGGCCUCUUCGGCACGCUGCUGGGCCUGCUGGGGCUGUGGUGGGCCGAGGGCGCGGCCGUGGCCCAUCGGGGCUUCUUCUUCGGCUACACGCCCGCCGUCUGGGGCGUGGUGCUCAACCAGGCCUUCGGCGGGCUGCUGGUGGCCGUGGUCGUCAAGUACGCCGACAACAUCCUCAAGGGCUUCGCCACCUCCCUGUCCAUCGUGCUGUCCACCGUGGCCUCCAUCCGCCUCUUUGGCUUCCACGUGGACCCUCUGUUCGCCCUGGGCGCCGGGCUGGUCAUCGGCGCCGUCUACCUCUACAGCCUCCCCCGAGGGGCCGCCAAAGCCAUAGCCCCCGCCGCCGCCUUGGCCUCCGGGCCCUGCACCCACCAGCAGCCUCCGGGGCAGCCGCCGCCGCCGCUAUCUGCCCACCGCGGAGACCCCAGCACGGAGCCUUUUCUGCCCAAGUCAGUGCUGGUGAAGUGAGCCAGGGAGGGGGACCGGGAGGAGGGAGUGGGGCACCCUGCAAGACCCCAGGUCACCCCCGGGGCCUGGCCCCUCGGGGGUGUGAGGUCUCUUAUCCCGGGUCCUUGAGACUCCGGGAGGGGCUCGGGGCUGGGCGGGCGUUCCAUGAAGCCUUCCUAGUCCGCUGACCCCCCCCCUCCCAUGGAGGGGUGUUAAGAGUCACCUCCCCUGUCCCGGCCCAACCCCUCGGAGGGCCAGGUUGGGGAGGGUGUUGUCAUGUAAGGUCUUUUUAUCCGCCUCCCUCCUUCAGCCAGAAGUGUCCCGUCUCAUGCCUGGAAGGGUCGCUUCCGGGCGUCCCUCUACCUUUGUAAGGACAAAUUGGACAAAAACCCUACAGUCCUUUAAUAAUGACUGAUGCCUGCCCGUGGCGGCUCCUUUCCCAUAGCGCCAGGCCUGCUCUCCUGCACCGCCAACCUGGAUCCUGUUAGCAGCUCUUUCUGCGGCCCUGACACCGAGACCCCCUGGGAGAGGUUGGGGGGCGAGCUGAGGUCUUGGUCCAGAAAUUGGGACUUCGUGGUUUUUUUAGUGGUUUGGGGAUUGGUGUAAUCAGAUCAUUGAUGAUCCAGGGUCUGGGCAAAGCAGGGAGGGAGGUCCCUGAAGGGACUGAAUCAAAGGAAGACGGUCCGUUGCCAGAUGCAGGGUUCUUUUCAGAGAGAACAAAAUAAAGCUGCCAACCAUCCUCCUGGCUACCCCACUGGCUGAAUGAGGCAGCCUUCACUCAUGGGUGUGUGUCGGGGGGUGUGUGUGUGUCUUCAAGUUGCUGAAACAUGGAACUUGCCCCAUGCGCUCCUCAAAGCUUAUUAACCCCUUAACUGUCUCCCGGGUGUGUGUGUGUGUGUGUGUGUGUGUGUGUGUGUAUGUACGUAUGUGUGUGGGGGUGUGUCUGUGCCCAUGCACACGCUUGGGAGAUUGCCUGGGCUCUUUGCUAUGUGUAAAUAGGGCCGUUGGACCUUUAUUUUUGAUUAACUUGUUCUGAUUUUUUUUUGUUUUCUAAGGAACUGUAAUGAACCAAUGUCAGGAUACCUAAUGCCAAAUAAAGAUGUUGUAUUUAUUUA